AUGCGUUUCCUUAUCGCUCUCUGUCUGAUUGGCGCCGCAUGCGCUCAAUACAACUAUGGACAAGGAUUUAACACUGCCUCCAGCGACAAUACUCCAAUUGUAGACUACGGCUCACCCAGCUAUGAUGGCGAGGAGAGCCGUGUCGGUUCAUCAUACGCCCCAUCUGCCGGAGUCAACAAGGAGUUCUACACAUUCGAAGCCGAUGAGGAGGACUUCAACGAUCCCGCUGCUAGCGAAAGGGCUGCCAACAGCGUGAGCCAGGGUCUGCGUGUGGUCUUCAUCAAGGGACCCGAGAACCGUGGUUUGGAGAACGCUGCUCUGGCUCUGGCUAAGCAAGCUGCUGAGCAGAAGACCGCCAUCUAUGUUCUGAACAAGCAGGCUGAUAUUGGUGAUCUGAGCAACAAGCUGAACGCCAUCCGCAACAACAACAACAACAAGCCCGAGGUUCACUUCGUCAAGUACCGCACUCCUGAGGAUGCUGCUAACGCUCAGCGUGCCAUUCAGUCGCAGUACGUCUUGGGUGGCCCCAGCCAGAACAUCAACGGUGGCAUUGCUCCAGCAAUCAACUUUGCUUCCCGCUCCCCCGUCUCGACUGGUGGCAACAACUAUGGCAGCAACAACUACGGUAGCAACAACUACGGUAGCUCUACUGGCAGCUCUCCCAGCAAUUCCUAUCUGCCCGCCAACAUUCUGCGUCGUCUGCGCAUUCGUUAAGAGGACUGUGAAGCCUGACGCUGUUAUUUUUGAUGCUGAUUUGGCCAAUGUCGCUGGACCGAUUAUUGUUAUUUUCUGCAUAUUAU